AUGCUGACCCAGGACGCUUGGCAGACGGUUGACGAAGCCGCUUUUCUAUUCACAUCUAUGGAGAGAUCUUGCCAGGUCCAACUUUUAGCAGAAGCAGCAGCGGCAAAUGGCCUACCGAAGGUUCUGAUUACGGAUGAAGAAGCCGACUUCAACUUCGAUGUAGAGAGCGACCCAGAGAUUUGCUACUGCGAGUUCCAGGUGUACUAUGACCUGGAGGAGGAGUUAUCCAAGGGAGAUUUCAAGAAAUAA